UAACCUAUAUCAAUUACCAUAAUAUAGUACAGAGCUCUGUUCGAUGACUGUUAUUCAUUAUAAUUAUUAAUUAUUGUCGGUCGAAUCCAACCAAUUCCGGUCGACAAUUAUGUUCGUCGGUUGACAUCAAUAUGACUCCCAGACAGCGUCCUUUUAGUUGGUCGUUACUUUGUUUAAUGUUAGUGUUGUUUAUUGAAUUUCGAUAAUCGUUAAUUGUUGUUAUCAAAAAAAAAAAAAACAAUUCAUCGUUCUAUUGACCAUUGCUGUUAUCAUCAUUUUUUGUUGUAAGUUGGGUGAAAAACUAAUGUGAAAAGUGAAGACUACUGAGUACUGACUAAUCAGUUACGAUAAAUUUCGAUUGAAAAUGGCAGGGAAUUUUUGGCAAAGUUCGCAUUAUCAACAAUGGAUAUUGGACAAACAAGAUCUAGUCAGAGAGCGUCAGUUAGAUUUACAAAUAUUAAGUGAAGAAGAAUAUCAAAAAAUAGGAAUAUUCUUUUCUAAUUUUAUCCAAAUUUUAGGUGAACAACUGAAACUUAAGCAGCAAGUGAUAGCAACAGCUACAGUUUAUUUUAAACGAUUUUAUGCUAGAAAUUCUCUCAAAUCUAUUGACCCUUUGUUGUUGUCUCCAACUUGUGUGUUCUUAGCAUCAAAAGUUGAAGAAUUUGGUGUAAUAUCAAACAGCCGUUUGAUUACUACUUGUCAGACUGUUUUGAAAAAUAAAUUGAAUUAUGCAUAUACCCAAGAAUUUCCGUAUCGCACAAAUCAUAUAUUAGAAUGUGAAUUUUAUUUAUUGGAAAAUUUGGACUGUUGUUUGAUUGUAUUUCAACCUUAUCGUCCAUUGCUUCAAUUAGUUCAAGAUAUUGGACAACAYGAAGAUCAAUUAUUGGCAUUAGCAUGGAGAGUAGUAAAUGAUAGUCUUAGAACUGAUUUGUCAUUAUUAUAUCCACCAUAUCAAAUAGCUAUAGGAUGCUUACAAAUUGCUUGUGUUAUUAUGCAAAAGGAUCUCAAAUCAUGGUUUGCAGAGCUAAAUGUGGACAUAGACAAAAUACAAGAAAUAUCCCGUUAUAUUAUCAAUUUAUUUGAAUUAUGGAAAUCUUAUGAUGAGAAAAAAGAUAUUCAAGGCUUACUAAAUAAAAUGCCUAAACCUAAACUACAGCCAACUCGAUAAUAGUUUUUUAAACAAAUUUUUUUUCUUUUUGUAUACUCAAACUAAUUUAUAUUUUUACUUUAAUAGUUAAUUAUUACUAGCUAAUACUUAAUAGCUUGUUUAAUUUUUUUUUAACAAGGUGAUUUGGUGUUUGUCAAAAAUGAAAGAUAUUUUAUAUUUAGAAGUAGUUG